AUGAAGAAGCGCGUGGCCAUCCAGACGCCCCGAGGCAUUCGGUAUCCAGGAGGCCUGCCCUCCCCGCGCCGCAACAACAUGCUGCGCUCACGCCAGCAGACAUACACCUUUGUCGCCGGCGUCUUCAUCCUCUACGCCAUCUUCGCCACGACACGCACAUUCCUCCCCGUGGCGGACCUGCCCAUCCUGUCGGACAUCGAGCCGCCCUCCUUCGCCUACGACAAGGCCCCCGUCUCCGUCACCGACGAUGGCGACUGCCCCGAGUACGGCCGGUGGGCCGCGCACCCGCACGAGCCCAGGUCCGCGGGCAGGCACCGCCUGCCGUACCAGAGGCCCAGCCCGGGCUGCAGGAAGAUUGUCAUCCCCGAGGUCGAGGAGGUCAUCCGGGAGAUGAACAAGACCAUCAAGGACCCGGACCUGUUCCGGCUGUUUGAGAACUGCUUCCCUAAUACGCUCGACACCUCUGUGACGUGGACGGGCGUGUCCAAGACCAACAUGCAGGAAGAGCUCACCUUCAUAACAACGGGCGACAUCCACGCCAUGUGGCUGCGCGACUCGGCCAACCAGCUCCAGAGCUACGUGAGCCUGCUAAAACCACCAUCAAGCGACAAGAGCAGCAGCAGCAGCAGCAGCAGCAGCUCCUCCUCGUCGUCGUCAUCAUCAUCCAGCAGCAGCGGCGAGGGCCAGCCCGGCAGCGGCAAGCUCGCCUCGCUGUUCCGCGGCGCCAUCAACCUCCAGAGCAGGUACAUCCUGGCCUCGCCGCACUGCAACGCCUUCCAGCCGCCCGCCGAGUCCGGGCUGGCCCCCGCGGACGGCGGCCACCGCUCCGACUUUGUGAGCCCGCCCUACAGCGACGCCGUCGUCUUCGAGUGCAAGUACGAGCUCGACAGCCUGGCGGCGUUCCUGCAGCUGUCGUGGGACUACUACUCGCGCACCAAGGACGCGCGCUUCUUCGUCGACGCCAGCAGCGGCGGGUCGUCGUCCCCCACCACGGCGGCCAACAGGAGGAAGAAGGGGGCCGGCAAGGCCGCGACCAAGGGGGGCGGCGGCGGCGGCAGCAGCAGCAACAAGAAGAGGACGCCCAGCAACAGCGACAAGACGACGACGAGGAGGAGGGGACCCCGCCGCGGCGCCAUGGACGGCUGGAAGGACGCCGUGGAGGCGAUCCUGGACACGGCCGAGGCGAUGCGCGCGCCGACGUACAAGGAGGACGGGAUGGUGCCCGACGCCCCCUACCGCUUCACGCGCACGAGCUCGUCCUCGACCGAGACGCUGCCCAACGGCGGCAACGGGAGCCCCGUGCGCAGGGGGACGGGCCUGGUGCGCAGCGCGUUCCGGCCCAGCGACGACGCCACCACGUUCCAGUUCCUGAUCCCGGCCAACAUGAUGCUCGCGCGGUACAUGGGCCUCUGCGCCGAGAUCGUGGACCGCGUCGAGAGGGAGGAGGCGAGGGUCGCUGCUGCGCUGGAGGCUGCUGCUGCGUCGUCGUCGUCGUCGUCGUCGUCGUCGUCGUCGAGUAGUGGUGGUGGUGGUAGUCCUUCAAGCCAAGACGUCGUGGGCGGUAGUAGCGCCUCUGACUACUACGACGAUUCCAUCGGGGACGGCGAGGAUGAGGAUGAGGACGACGACGACGCCGAGCCCCUCGCCGACAGGAUGCGGCGCAUGGCCGCGGAGAUUAAGAAGGGCAUCGAGACGUACGGCAAGAUCAAGCACCCCGAGUUUGGCGAGAUCUACGCCUACGAGGUGGACGGGUACUACUCGACCAGCUUGAUGGACGACGCAAACCUCCCCUCCCUCCUCUCCUCCCCCCUAACAGGCUACGUAGCCCGCACAGACCCAAUCUACAAGGCGACGCGGCGCUUCGCCCUGUCCGACGCCAACCCCUACUACGACCACGGGCCCGUGAUAAACGGCACGGGCGGGCCCCACAUCGGCCCGGGCAUGGCGUGGCCCAUGUCGCUGGUGGUGGGGAUCAUGACGAGCGACGACGACGACGAGAUCAGGAACCUGCUGGGCCAGCUGGUCUCGUCGACCGACGGGCUGGGCCUCAUGCACGAGAGCGUCAACGUCUGGAACGCGGGCAUGUGGACGCGCGCCUGGUUCAGCUGGGCCAACGGGCUGUUUGGGCAGAUGGUGCUCGACCUCGCCGAGAGGAAGCCCGGCGUGCUCAAGAGUAGCUUCCAGGGUGGCGGGAAGGGUCGGUCAUGA